AUGCAUACUCCUAUUCAAAAUGGCUUCUACUUCUACCUCCGACUAAGCUCAAUUCUCCUCUUCACUCAAUUCGCAGCCGCCAAUGUCGAAAAGACAGUCUUCGUUGCACCUCUACCAUGGAGUAUGCCCACAGAGAACUCGGCCAUUGAUGAUCUAGGUCUGGACCGUCUGUCGCCGACUGAUUUCAUGCUCCGGACAAAUCUAAAUGCAUCGUUUCCAACGGACGACAGACCAUACGGAACUGAAUCAUGGUUUUAUUUAGAGGAACUCAAUCCGGGACAGAGGUAUGAGGUGCGGAUAUGUUGGAUGGCGACUCAACCAACCUUCUUCUCCCUCACAACCUACCCCCUUCAAGAAGUAAUACCUUCCCAAUCCCUUCUGCCGUCGCUGCUCAAUUUCUCCGACGCUCGUCUCGCCGGCACAUCACUACCAUCCUCCUCGCGCCCCUCAAUCGACAGAGAAGACCAUCUAGUCCCGCACGCCGCGGAAUCAUCAGACUCAUACCUAGCCCUAAAACCCGCAAAAGCACGACACCAACACACCUCCCGUCUCCGCCGGAGUCGAAGCAGUCUCGAGAGAGAGCAAGACCCUCUCGCGCUAAGCUCCCACGCCGAAUCAGUCCUAUUCCUACGCAUCUGGGCCGCUGCCGAUUACUACACUACGAACGCAACACUAAUGGCAAAUGUGCCUCCCGUCAUGGUUGAUAUUAUACUAGAUCCGUUUUUGUGGAAUGUGUUUCCGCGUUCUUUGAUUCCGACGGCAUCGUAUACGGUUGUUAUUGCGGUGAUUGCGUAUUUUGUGGGUGGGGUUUUAGCGACAUUCUUGAGUGAUGCCGUGACGACUGCUACGAGAAAGGGUGAGGCAGCCCGUAACGAUGUUGGCGUCGAAGAGGUUGAAAAUAAGAAGAGACUGUAG